AUGACAUCAAAAACGAGAAUUAAAUCGACAACGGGCAAUGCACCAAAUAAGAAGGGUGAUACAGAGCCCUAUCAUUGUAAAGGAAAGUUUUUGGAUGAUUUCGAAGCGUUAUGUCGUCAAGCACAAAUAACAUUUAUCGUACCGGUUGUUCAACGACCACGACCACCAGGUACUCCAAUCAAUCCUGUAGAUCCAAAAGAAAAAGCAAAAACAGCUAAAACGAAAGAGAAAGAUGUUCAUGAAGUAGAAGAACCGCCCAAUGAUGAAUCUCUACCAAAAACUUAUUCAUUGAAAGAUAAUUAUGAAUAUUUCAAGCCAAAAAUUCAAGUUGAAAUGGAUAACCCCGAUAAACAAGAGACAAUUACAGAAAUUCAUAUUCGAGCAUGGAAAAUCGAUCGUGCGACAUUAGAAAUAUUCCAGCAAAGUUUUCCAACACUAGAACGUUUAAAUACCCUUAACUUUUGGCAUACGGGCUUUACUGAUGAAACACUGGCUCAAUUAGCAUCAUUACUCCCUAAAUGUCCAAAUUUAAAAAACUUAAUAUUAGAUUCGAAUCCGUUAACGAAUGAACGUUAUGAUGUGCUUCUCACAGACGAUACUAUUAGUAUCGUUAAUUUAUCGUUGCGCCAUUGUCGGAUUACCGAACGUGGCGCAGCUCAUAUCAGUAAUGGUCUAGGGAAUGAACGACGCCAGAACUCAAAAUUACAAACAUUAAAUUUAGGCUAUAAUGAAAUUGGAGAUGCGGGUGCAGAACAAAUAGCAAAAGGUUUAAAAUUUAAUCGCACAUUAUUAGUACUUAACUUGAGCAGUAACGAUAUUAGUGAUAAUGGAAGUGAAAAAUUAGCAGCCGUACUCAGUAAAUUUCCAUUAAGUCGUGAAGAAUUACUCUAUCGACGACAAUUAUUAUUACAUUCAGCAAUAUCAGAAAGUGUACCAACAUUGUCGGCAAGGAAAAUAAAUGAUGGUGUACGACGUAAUAGUCUGACAUCUCCAACAACACAGAGGAAAAAAUCAGCGGCAGCCGUAACACUACCAACGAAAAAAGGAAAGAGUGAUGACAAGUACAUAAUCGGUGAUGGUAUGCCUUUAUUAGAUCAAAAUGCUGAAUUGAUGAAUAAUGAUCUUGUACUGCCUGGCAAUCGAUGUUUAUUGAGUUUAAAUUUAUCAAAAAACAGAAUUUCUGAGACGGGUGUUAAUCACUUUCUGAAAGCAAUACAAUAUCAAGAAAUGUUUAUAAAAUUAAAUAUAUCACGUUCUACAACUUCACCACUACAAGGUUUACUUCGGCUUGAAUUACAGCGAAAUGAUUUUCAAUUGGAUAAUGAUUAUUAUGUGAAAUUACAAAUAUUAUUAAAAAAUCGUCUUGAACCAAUAUUUAAAGGAAAAGAAACUGAAAUCGAAUUAAAUGGACGAGAAACGGUUGGCAGUGUGAAAGCAAGAGGUUGA